AUGCCUCCCGCCGAAAGGAAAAACAACCUCGACCUGUCGAUCCAGCUCCUCCACCCGGAUACGCCCCUCCAUGGAGGCAGCGUCAUCCUCGGCCACGUCGUCCGCAAAUCCCACAUCGUCGCCGCCUCCGCCACAGUCCGCGUCCGCCUCCUCGGUCGCGCAAAAGCAAAACUCGUCAUCUCCCGCGGCAACAACUCAUCGACCUACUACAGCCGCUUCACCUUCUGGCCCGACAACGCCGUCGCCGAUGUAGUCCACCACGGGCCCGUCCACGUCGCGCCGCCCGGCGCCGGCGGACAGCCCGUGUCCUGGCCUUUUGCGCUCGCGCUGCCGACACACACGGAUGCGCGGGCCGUCAAUGCCUGCGGGGGAGACAGUGCCAGGGAGGCGUGCUUCUUACGCCCGGGAUUAGGUGUUGGCGCCGGCGUGGGUCUGCCCGAGCAGCCGUUGCCGGGAACGUUCUACUUUGAUGGCUCUGGGUUCAACAAGAGCUGGCAUGGCUUCGUGGAGUACUGGAUCGAGGCCGAGUUGACGGUGCAGGGCAAGAGCUCCAUUGUGAAGGCGUCGAUGCCCGUCCGCGUCUUGUCGCCGCCUGUGCCGUCGCCGCCAAUCAGCGACUUCAGGCUAGAGAGGCAGAACAAGGCCGGCUGCGUAAGCAGUCAGCGUCUGUUACCGGGUAUGAUGGACGCGGAACUGUCCUUUAAACAAAAGACGCAAAAGUUUUUUGGCUCGUCCAAGGUCCCCACGUUCCACUACGUCCUCGACGUGCAGUACCCCACGGUCAUCCAGCUGGGAAACGAGUCGAGUAUCCCGUUCCUGCUACAUGUCACACCGAACAGGGAUCGGACAUCGGACGUUAUCGGGGAUGUGCCGCAGACGGUAACGAUCGAGCAGAUGGAGUUGGAGCUGCUGACGACGACGAGCAUCAUCUGCCCGGGCACGCUGGACCCCCACGGCGCCAGCAAGACGCGCAAAAUCUGCCUGGCACGUCUGAAUCAGCUCUUCAAGGCCGUCGAGGGCAACAUUGUCGUCCCCUCGGGCGCCAAGGAGGUCCCGCUGGACCUCGGCGCCGCCUUGGAUCUGCGGGUGGACGCGCUGGGACGGCUGGUCCACGGACAGAGGAAUGGGGCGGGCGCGUUUGGUCAGACGGUUGUGCCGACGUUUGUGACGUAUUGUGUCAAGGUUGAGCACGUGCUGCACUGGCAAGUGAGGUUGUCUGUGGCGGGAGAGAGUUGGAAAUGGGAGGGGAAUCAGAAGCUGCUUGUUUUGGCGCCGGAUGAGGGUACGGCGAGGGGGAGCACAAGGGCGACAGCAACGGCUUCGGCGGCGGUGGCUUCGUCGUCUGUUGCACCGCCGCCUGCUCUUGAGGAGGCCCCGGCUUAUGAUGGACCUAGUGAAGCGGCGCCGGCGUAUGAGAAGAUUCCGGGAGGGGCGGGGGAGGAAGCAUCGGCGGCAGGGGGCAAGUCAUGA